UUGACACACGUGUGGCUCAGAGAGAGAGGAGACCGGUGCGGGGCUGUUUCAUCUCUCUGUCCCGGUUUGUUCCUGUCGGUGCCAGCGCUCCUUCAGACUGAGUACCCGUCUCGGACACACAGCCAGCAAGAUGGAGAUAGAGAAGGAAAUGAAGAAGGUGACUCUCGGCCACGAAUUUGGCGCCGGAGCGGCGUGCUUAAAAUGCAAGGAGAAAUGCGAGGGAUUUGAGCUGCACUUCUGGAGGAAAAUUUGUAGGAACUGUAAGUGCGGCCUCGCAGAACACGACGUGUCAAUGAACUCGGAGGAGAACAAGAAGGUUGGCAAGCUUUUUGAAGACACUAAGUACACAGGCCUCAUAGCCAAACUGAAGACAGAUGGCAUCCCCAGGUACCAGGGGAACAUGGUGACCAUCACUCUGCCCAGCCCUGCCACUGCUUACACAAUGCCCCCUUUGGCUUCCUCUACGAUUGUACCUCCUUCCCCCACAGUGGCGUAUGCACAGCCUGCUGUGACCUCUCCUGGGCCGGUGCUCAUUGGCUCUCCAGCACAAGCCCAGGGGAGGCCUCUGGUUCUGUCCACAGACGUCACCGUCACUCCAGUUAAGGCUAACAAGGUGCCGGUCACUGCCAGUGCUACAGCGGCCAAUGUGGUCCCAGUCCCCAAAGAUGUUCCAAUGAAAUCCAUCACCUAUGAGUGGGCACCACCAGUGGCCAACAAGCAUCUGGCGGUGCGCUACAUUGAACUGCUCCCACCUGAGAAGCGUCCAGUUGCCGGGACGCAGGGGGCCGCUUACCGCCGGCAGCAGAUGGAUCGCCAGCUUCCUGAGCAUGACCAGGACCCGUCCAAGUGCCACGAGCUGAGCCCUGCGGAGGUGAAGCAGAUGCAGCAGUAUGUCCGUAAAUGCAAGGACGAGGCGUUGGGCAUCGGAGAUGUCCUGCUGCCUGAGGAGGUGGCUCAGAUUCAGGCAGGUGGAACGGAUGCAGCAGCUGCUGGUUCUGGAGGUACACCUGGGAGGGCUGGGUUUGGUCCCGUAGCAGCUGGUGUUGGAGGGGCUGGAAACGUACCAGGUCUUGGAGCUGGUGGUGCCAAUUCUGGACCAGUUCUUGCAGGUUCUGGUGUUGGUGGAUUUGGACCUGCAGGACUCGGAGCUGGAGCAGGAUCUGGAUCCGGAUACACUCCAGGGUCAGGGACUGAUCAGUCUGCUGGUCUGGGACCAGCCAGAGGGUCCCUGGGUACCGCUGCCACUGCUGGAGCCAUCAACGCCGGACUGCCACAGAAGAACUUUUCGUGCCAUCACUGUAAGAAGCCCAUGCUGCUGGGCGAGCCAGCCGUCUAUGCCGAGCGGGCCGGCUAUGACAAACUGUGGCACCCGGCGUGCUUUGUGUGCUGCACCUGCAGUGAACUUCUGGUAGACAUGAUUUACUUCUGGAAGAAAGGCAAGAUGUACUGCGGACGUCACUAUGGAGACAGCGAGAAGCCCCGAUGUGGCGGCUGUGAUGAGCUGAUCUUCAGUAAUGAAUACACUCAGGCGGAGGGACAGAACUGGCAUCUGAAGCAUUUCUGCUGUUUCGACUGUGACUGCAUCCUGGCUGGAGAGACGUAUGUGAUGGAGAACGACAAGCCCAUCUGCAAACCCUGCUACAUGAAAAACUACGCUGUGAGAUGUGCCUCAUGCCAGAAGGCGGUGGAGCCUGAGGCUCAGAGAGUUUCCUACGGCGAGCACCACUGGCACGCUGAGCCGGACUGCUUCAAGUGCUCUGGUUGCACCAAGUGCCUGAUUGGUCAGCGCUUUAUGGCAGUGAAGAACUGCCUGUUCUGCUCCGUGGAGUGCAAGAAGAAAGUCAUGACAUAGACUGUCCUAUCUGUCUUCCAGAGCAGAGAGAACAACAGUGGACAGUGAUGGCUUGUAGUUGGGUUAACAUGUUAGUGUGGCUGUUCCCUUUAAUAUAGAAAGCUACUGCAGGAGUGUCUUCAAGUAAGGGUAAGGGGUCAGGGUUGACUUGCACUGAUUUUGUUUACAAUUUUUACUUUUAACUAAAGUCGUGCCCAUAUUUUGACAUAUUCAACUUCUAAGCCACCAGCUGUUCAUUACAUACUUUGACUUUACCUUAUCUUCCCAACUCUGAAAGUGGUCAAAAUGUAGACAAUAGCAUCAUGUUCUGGCUCUAAGCAUAGCUGAACUGCCACAUUUGAUUUAGAGUGCACAUGUAACGUGUUUUUUAUGUCACUCAUUGUACAUGAUAAUGUGGUUUAUAAAAAACACUGCAGAAUUGAUUUAACACCUGUCUGCUGUCUCAUCCCACACUCUGCUCCUCACUGUAGCACUCCACAUUGUGCAGAUGUUUCAUUAUUUGUUUUAUUCUUAGAAUAAAAGUAACGUAAAUGUA